AUGGAGGAGCGUCGGCCGAAGGAAUCGGCGAAGCGGCGGGGCCGGGGCGCCGAGUCGGCGCUUUACGAGGUCGUCUGUCCCGCGGUGUACGUCAUCCGGGUGUUUGGUCUCGCGCCCUACGCCUACCCGAGCGACAAUCGGCCGCCCCUGCUGGGCCCCUCCAACUUCAACUGCAUCUACACCCUCGGCUGGAUCGCCGUGUACAGCUACAUCGUCGUCACCUCGCUCAUACGCUUCGAGGGCCUCGACCGCAACAAACCCGUCCUCGGCAUCACCGAGAACGGCAAGCUGGUCUUGAACUACCUGGUCCUGUUGUCGGACCUCGUGCUGGGGGUUCUGUGGCGCGAGCAGUUCAUCCACGUGUGGAACUCGAUCGAGGAGUUUGACGAGUCCUUCGAGCUGGCCGCGGUGGUCCCGGGCACGUCCUCCCGGCGCAGCCCCAUAUUCGGGCGGACGCGCGUCUGGCUGUGGGCGACCCUGCUCGGCACCUUCCUCGCCUGGCUGCUCAUCAACCAGCUCGGCAUGGUCGCCUUCAACGAGCCCUACCUCCAGAACGUCAGCUACAUGAUCACGUACGUCGGCUCCUGCGUCGCUGUGUUCAAGUUCUGCGGACUGGUCGUGCUGCUGGGCCAGCGCUUCCGGCACCUCAACGAACUAGUGCGCCUCGGAAGGCCCCUCGACCCCGAAUCCGAGGCCUUUAUCAAGAAGAUCGAGACAUCGUACAGUCAACUGGUGAGCACGAGCGAGGAGCUCAACGACAUAUACUCGUGUUCCCUGCUGCUCUUUCUCCUGAAUCUCUUUUGCCACGUGGUUAGCAACAUGUACUUCUUCACCAUAUGGACGAUCGUCGACCCUACCUACCUGGAGAACCCAAAGGUCGUCUUUUGCGAGUUCAGCUGGCUGAUCAUUUAUCUCGCGCAGCUGCUGCUGCUACACUCUGCCUGUCACUACGCCUCCCACGAGGCGAAUCGCAUGGCGCUCGGCCUGCUUGGCUGGCGCAGGCACGUCUACAGGCAAAACCAACAGACCGAAAUCGGUUCCACAUUGCAUUUGUUGAACCGGAAACUGAGCUUCACAGCUUUCGGCUGCUUCAAAGUCGACCUGCCACUCUUGACGUCGACCAUGGGACACAUCACCACGUAUCUAGUGAUUCUUCUUCAAUUGCCGGACAACAACUCAUAA